AUGCUUCUAGGUCAGUGGGUGUCCAUUGGAAGAGUGCUCACUCAAACUGAGAUGCAAGCACGAAAACGCGCAGAUCCACAAUAUCCCGUGAAUUUCGUCUUGGUCUGUAAGAGGACCAUACGACUCAGGAUUGAAAAACAAUAUUAUACAAUAGAAGAGGCUGCAGCUCGAUUUUCAAUAUCCACAGAGGCUAUCAUGCAAGAAAAGCAUCGUAAUCGUGACUCGCAUGACACUAGAGCCAAAGCUAAACGCCCCGCAGAUGUAGCUCCCAACGGACCCUCCGCCAAAGCACUUAGACGUUAGUA